CAUCCUGUCCUUUUAAUGACGGAGAUAACAAGGUGAGAAACAGACUACUCCAAAAAAGAACUGAUUCUCUCUCUGCAACAUUCUCACCACCACUUCUCAAUUCUCCAUUGAGCUAAUUUCGAUUCUUUUCAUUUCCAAUUUGGGGUUGAAGGAGCCAAUGGAUACCGAGUUUCUCCGGACCCUAGAUCGUCAGAUUCUCUUGGGUGUCUUCGUCGCUUUCGUCGCCGCCAGUGCCGGUGCUGCUUAUUAUCUCUCCUCCUCCAAGAAACGCAGAGGGUGUUUGGAUCCAGAGAAUUUCAAGGAGUUCAAGCUUGUUAAGAAGCAGCAACUUAGUCACAAUGUCGCCAAAUUCGUUUUUGAGCUUCCAUCUUCUACUGCUGCCUUGGGUCUUCCCAUUGGACAACACAUCAGUUGCAGGGGAAAGGAUGCUCAAGGAGAGGAUGUUAUUAAGCCAUACACUCCCACAACGUUAGAUUCAGAUCUUGGACGCUUUGAGCUUGUCAUUAAGAUGUAUCCGCAAGGAAGGAUGUCUCAUCAUUUCAGGGAGAUGCGUGUUGGAGACCAUCUUGCUGUUAAGGGACCAAAGGGGAGGUUCAAGUAUCAGCCAGGUCAGUUUAGGGCAUUUGGAAUGCUUGCUGGAGGUUCAGGCAUCACUCCCAUGUUCCAAGUAGCAAGAGCGAUUCUUGAAAACCCAACAGACAAGACAAAGGUUCACCUCAUUUACGCCAAUGUCACAUACGAAGACAUUCUCUUAAGGGAAGAAUUGGAGAGUCUUACUGCCAAUUAUCCAGAUCAAUUCAAAAUCUACUAUGUUUUGAACCAGCCUCCGGAGACAUGGGAUGGUGGUGUUGGAUUUGUAUCAAAGGAUAUGAUCCAGGCUCAUUGCCCUGCACCUGCAUCCGAUAUUCAGGUCUUGAGAUGUGGACCACCACCAAUGAACAAGGCCAUGGCUGCAAACCUUGAAGCUCUUGGUUACUCUCCAGAGAUGCAGUUCCAGUUCUGAUUGGUCCCAAAAAGAUGGAACUAUUUAAAAAAAAAACUCAUUUCUCUGAUCAAAUAAUUUUUGGUUACAAUCCCAACUGAGACUUGUGUCUUAAUUUGAGUGAGACUUGUAUUUCUGUUGUGGUUAACGAUUUGGUUAGGCAUAUUGUUUACAUGUACCGGUUUGGUUUGAUAUAUCACAUAAAGACUUGUCACUUGAUAGUGACAUCCGCAAGACCUACCCUAUUUGUUUUUGCUUUGUUGCUAUCAAUUUUGGCGACUGGCCUACAUUAC